AUGACUGCCAGAACUAGUACCGUUCUGACUUUUGAAUUCGGUGUAUCAGACUCUAGCAAAAAAACAUGGAGCCCACCGUUUGCCACUUCUCCUGGAAGAUUUUGGCAAUUACAUUACCGAGCUCAUUCACAAGAUUCACAUGACAACUGUACAAUAGCGUUAGCAGCGAUUCCCAACGAGCAAGAAGUGCAAUUGCCAGCUGCGUGGAAUGAGAGAAAUAAAUUGACUGGUACUUUAUAUUUCAAAGAAAAUGCAUUAAUCGGAUUCGGGAAAAUUAUACCACAACCUAUACAAAUGGACAGAUAUUCAUUAGAAUUAAGAGCAUUAGGGUUCUCCCACCCACGCUCCGAAUUACCCGAAAGUUUCAUUAUUGGUGUACAAUUUAAUAAUGUGCAAGACACGUGCAAAUCAAUGAAAUAUCCUUUUCCAACAAAGCCGAUCCCGUCGUCAUUAGUGGACGCGUGGGCUGCCGAGCUGAAUAAACCAAGUACAGCGGAUGUGCAAUUUAUGGUUCAAGGGCAGGCUAUCUAUGCCAACAGUUCAAUAUUGUGUCAGCGAUCAGAGUAUUUUCGAAAUUUUUUGAGGUCAAAAUGGGCAGAAUCUAAUUCUAUCAGCAAUAAUAAUGUUACUAAUGACAAUCCCACUGUGAAUACUAUUAACAAUAAUGAUUUUCACCCUGCGACAUUCGCAGAAAUGCUUCGAUUCCUCUACACCGAUCAAGUCAACUUUGAUGAUGACAGCAGUCAAGAGAGCUCCGCGCGGACAGCUCUCGCAAUCCUUGAGAUCAGCGAUAAAUAUCUAAUCGGGGAACUUCGUCAACGCGCCAAGGAACGAAUAAUCAGUAGUCUGACGGCCGAAAAUUCUGCCGAAUUCUUAUUCGCGCAAGCAUGGAAAUGGCCGGAUGUCAAAAAAGGAGUUUUCGAUUACGUGGUGAGGAAUUUUAAUGACGUGCGAAAGUCGGAAGGUUUUCAACGCAUCCGGGCGAAUUUCGAGGCAUAUCCGAUGGCGGCUGGGUUGUUCGCGGAUAUUUUGAAUGCAGUUUCGUUAGGUUGA